CUGAAAAAGAUUUGAUGACGUGAAUCAUAUGGCGACAGCCUUGGGUCAACGGAGAGAACUCCUGAGAUUUACUAGUAUAACAUCUCUCACUUUAGGAUUCACUAUGUAAUUAGUAGGUAAAUUUUACAUUUCGGUGUGCAGGGAAUAUUACUUAUGAUGCUCUUUUCGUUCAUUGUUUCACUGUGCUAUCCGGUGAUUGUUGCUUACCGAACCAUGGCACCCGUAGAUACAGAUGACCUGCUGCCUAACAUCUUGACUAAAACAGAUGAUGUUGAUACUGUUUGCGGACCUCUCUUAGACAAGGGCGAUCAGAGAUGUAAUGGGACGAAUCCAUCGACAAGAUGGUACUUUAUAAAGGCCCCGGUUAUCAGGCAUUACCCAGAAUUCACCUUGGUGCCCCAAUGUAGACCAUUCACAUACACCGGAUGUGGAGGAAAUUCUAACAAUUUCCCAUCAAGAUUAGCCUGUCAGAGGAGAUGUGCAAAACAUGUUUGCACAUCUCUGCCUGAUAAGCACAAAUGUAAGGCUACCGGAAAGCUACCCGAUCACAUUUAUGGGGAUGUCUUUUACAACUCUAAGGUUGGGAAGUGUCGUAAAAUUGGGGUCAGUAAGUGCACGACAACAGCUCAUGCAAACUUAUUUGAAUCUUUGGAUGAGUGUAAUGGUGUAUGUCAUGUAUGCACAUUGAAGCCAGUUUUGGGAUCGUGCAACCAUACAUUUAUGGGUGAUAAAUUUGACACACGGAAAGCACUAAGAGAAUAUUGGUACUUUGAUACGGUUGAGCUGAGCUGCAAACGAUCACUUGACAACAGGUGUCUACUAAAUGCCAACUCAUUCAACACGGAAGACAAUUGUUUGAAAAAAUGUGUCAACAAGAAAGUGUGCUACAAAGACGGAUCGGUGUAUGCGCAUGGAGAGGGUUACGAGGACGGUGAUGAGAUAUGUACUUGUGCACGGGUUGGUCGAACAUUGAAAGCCUACAACAGUUUAGGGAAGAUUUUUUGUCAAAAUAAGGCAAAUGGUUCUCCUUAGAAAAAUGCAAUUUCGUAUUUGACUUGACCCUAUUUUAAAAAUUACAUGACGGGGUUUUAUAUAUUCUGGUUUGCUCUUAAACCUUUGUCCACAAACAUUGUAUAUUUGACAUGAAUGAAGUCUCGUAAAUUCUAUAUAUUUGAACUACUUGCAAAAUAUUGAACAAAAAGAGAUUUCGUAUUUAGCACUUAUAGCGUGUUUAUAAACCUCUUAUAAAUGUUUAACACGAGGAUUGGCUCCUAGGAUCGCAACUCGAUAUUUUCG